AUGGCAUCACGAAUGCUGAUCAUUGACACGACGGACGACUACCGUCCGCUGGUGAAAGCCAGCCAACUGUGCCAAAUACAUGACACACCCCGCAAGAUAUUCAUGGUUCUAGUCUCGGUGCUCUUCAUCUGCACCUUUGUAGGCAACUUAAGUGCGCUGUAUGUGAAUACAAGUCGAAAACUGAGACCCUUCUUCCGCGCCUGCCUCAUCUCGCUGACCUGCAGCGAUCUCAUCUACUGCGUGAACUUCACCACCUCCAACAUGGCGUUCUUCACUGCCGACUAUCUCGAAUAUUGGAUUCUUGGCUCCUUUAUGUGCAACGUUGUGCCGUUUGUCAACACUACAACAGUGUUGUGCAGCAGCUUUAUGCUGGUCGCCAUUUCGCUGGAUCGCUACAUGUCAAUAAGACGCGCUGCUGUUGGCAUUUGGAAUCCGCACUGGUUGUUCUGCUGCCUCUGCGUCGGCUGCAUCUGGUUGGCCUGCAUGGUGGUGGCAGUGCCCCUUUUCUUUAUCUACAAGGCGACCCAUGUCUACAUACAGCACACAGAUGAGCUGGUAGUUAGCGAACUGGAAUAUGUGAUGAUGUGCGUGGGCAAAAGGCCCGACAUGCUGUUGACAAGUGUUUCCUAUCUAAUCGGGCAAACAAUUUGCAUUUCUAUUUAUACGCGCGCACAGACCCAAAUCGGCGUCUACAAUGGAGUGUCGCUCAGCCUCGUCUUUGUGCCCUGCAUUGUGGCCUUCAUCUUUCUGCAUGUGACGAUUGCGCAGCAGCUGUGGCAGCGGCGUCACCAGCUGCGCAGCAUGCAAAAGCAGCGGCAGCGGCAGCAGCAGCAGCUACGCUUUGAGCAUCCGCUGGACAAUCGGGAGACAACCUACGCCAUAAUUAGCGCCUUCAGUGUGGCGGCCAUCUUUCAUGCGAGUGCUGCGCAGAUGACGCAGCAGCCGCAGCAAGAGAGAAAGCUGAGUCCUGCUGCUGUAGCACGUGUAGCACGGCAUCGUCGCAUGGUGAGGGUCGUGCUGCUAAUGAUGGGCGCCUUUAUCUGCUUGCGCCUGCCCGCCUGGAUCUUUUUGAUGAUGCGCGUGUAUGGGACGUUUUCCUCGCCCGUGUCCUGGAUAUUCUACUUCUUUUUCGGGCUGCUCAAUCUGACCAGCUGCGCUUUGAAUCCGCUCUUUUACACCUUUCUGCCCCAAACGCUGCGGGUGCUGUCGGCGCUCAAGUUCGGGCUCUGCUGGUUGCUCUGCUGCGGACGUGCUUCAAAGCUGGACUCGGACUCAUCCAUGCCUAAGGAAUCAGCAAAGCAUGCCAGGCCUACUCUUUGUUGUGGCAUGCAGGUCACCUGGCGCUGCCAGAUGAAGGCGAAACAGGAAUCAGCCGAAGCUAGAAAGCCCGUGGCUGUUAUAGAGUUGCCCUCGACUGCUAGCAGCCUGUCGAAGGACGUGUUCAAGGACUUCAACGACGAGCGGUCACUGCAAACGACUGCGUCAAUAAAAUCUUCCCGCUGAGGCAACUGCGUCAUCAAUCAAAUAUGGUCUGAUGGUAAUUGAGCUAUUGAUUAAUAUAUGUGAAA